AUGACUCAAACAAGACUUCCCAAAAUAGUUUUUGUAAGUUUGCUGAUAGUUUUUUGUUUGACUAAUUUGAUACUGGGCGAAAACAGAGAAAAUAAACUGAAAGAUGCUUUGAAAAAUACCACCAAAACUAGACAGAGAAAUAAUAGUAAUGGAGAAAAUAGCGAAGACGGAGAAAGUGUUAAUAUUUUCAAAAAUGAAGCUCAAAAUUUUUUAAAGCAAUGCGGUGUAGAAAAAAACGAUUCUGCUAGGAAUUCUGAAAACAAUGCUGGUUACAGAAAUUCUUAUGAUGGGGUGACAAAUAAUCAUGGUAAUAAUGGAUAUAACAUGAAAAGAGACAACAAUGAAAACAACAAUGGGCAUUAUGGAAAUAAUAACAAUUAUGGGCAAAAUGAAGAUGACAGCAACAAUUAUAAUAACGAAUGGAGUGGUUACGGUUUGAUUUUUAGAACAAACAAAAGACAAUCAAACUACGGUAAUCAACAAAAUGACGGCCAACGGUACAAUAAUAAUGAAAAUCGCAAGAAUUUUGGGAAUCGAAACGACCAGUACGGCAUUAAUGGUAAUCAAGACACCAGGUCCGGAGUUGGAGAUGGUUAUGGGCAAAAUAAUAGAGGAAAUUCUAUGUAUGGCAGUUCAGGUAACCAUCAAGAAGGAUUUGGUUUGACUAGUUUAAAUACUAGAAAUCAGGAAAGAAGCACUAACCGUUAUGAUAUGAGAAAUUCUAAUAGGGGUUAUAAUUCAAACGAUGGUUGUAAGGAUAAUGGUGGAUAUGGGUCAAAUAUCUUCGGGUAUAAUCCUGAAAUGACCCUUGGUUUUAAUAAGCCACGAAGCAGAAAAAGGCGUUAUAGUUAUUACAAACGGGACGAUAGCGACAGUCGAGAUGAUAAUCAGUGUGUCAGUCAAUGCAUAUUUGGAUACCUUCAUCUGUUGGAUGAAGACAGAACUCCUUCAGAAACUUUGGUCAUCAAAUGGCUACAAGAGCACGUUACCGGUAACGAUAUGGACAGAAUUCAGGCAUUGAGGGAUGCUAGAAGAUGUUUUGGACGUCUAACUACUAGCGACAUCGAAGACGGAUGCGAAUUUUCCAAGGAGUUAGGAAAGUGCUUGGAGUUGGACUUAGAAUAAUUGAUAAGUAUACCUACUUUUCUUAUUAUAAAGAGUAGGUACCUACCUAUAUAAUUAUUUAAAUAUACUUAUAUAAGCAAUCUCGAAUAAAAUAUAAAUACAUUAAGAUCUUACUCAGAA